AUGAGUCUCGUUGCGCGGGCAAUGGGCGCCCCCGCGCCCUACACUGUCCCUCCCUCGGGCAAGUUCGACGGCGCUGAUGGCAGCUGGAGCACUUUCAAAGUCAGUGUUGGGUCGCCCGGCCAGGAUUUCCGUCUAAUACCGAGCACCAAAGCAGGCGUCACAUAUGUAAUUGCUCCAGAGGGUUGCCUGGCUGGAGUCGACCCCUCAAACUGUCCCCAGCUUCGCGGAAUCGAAAUCUUCAACAGUGCGCAAAAUACCGGCUUCCAGGUCAACGCGUCGUCAACAUGGUCAGCGAUAGGGCAGUUCCAGGUCGAUUUGGAGGAGGGCCUCAACUACACCGGACGAGGCCUAUUCGGAACUGACAUUGUGUCCCUGGGAGCCGCUGCCGAUCACGCCUCCUCUCUAUCCCUCACAGGUUCCAUCGUCUCUGCUAUAGCGGAUCCCGACUAUUAUCUGGGAAUGCUUGGGCUUGGCCAGGUCAAAUCCAGCUUCAACAGCCAAAGCCAACCAGUCGAUUCGACGCUCUAUCAACUACGCCAGAACAAGCAAAUACCCAGUUUUUCCUACGCGUAUACGGCAGGCGCAAAGUACCGAUUGAAGUCUGUCCUGGGAAGUCUAAUUCUUGGAGGCUACGAUGCGACACGAUUCGACACCGUCACCGACAAGCUAUCUUUUACAUUUUCCCAGGACUCUUCUCGGCUUCUGACCGUCGGUGUCAACUCAAUAAUGGCCACCAACACGCUGCACGGAACAUUUUCGCUCACUUCUGGCGCACAUUUCUCCGUCAUCGAUUCAACUGUGCCACAUUUGUGGUUACCCGAGAGCGUUUGUGCUGAAUUCGAAAUCGCCUUUGGACUCACUUAUGACCCUCAAACAGACCUUUAUCUUGUUAAUGAUACUAUCCACGAACAACUGGUCUCGAAGAACCCAACGCUUACCAUUAAGCUUACCAACUCGCUGGAUGCUGCCACCGACAACUACACCAAUAUCCAGCUGCCAUAUGCUGCGUUUGAUCUGCAAGCUUCGUAUCCUUUCUACCAAAAUGCCACAAACUACUUCCCAAUCCGCCGCGCCGCGAAUGAAUCGCAGUACGUACUUGGCCGAACAUUGUUACAGGAGGCAUACUUGAUUGUCGACUAUGAACGGGCAAACUUUACGGUUGCACAAGCAGUGUUUCCCGACCCCCUACCUCCUGCAGAAGUUAUUACAAUCGUGUCACCAAGCGACUUAGCAGCAACCCGAUCCUCGUCGUCAGAUCUCAGCACCGGCGUAAUUGUUGGAAUAGCAAUCGGAGCAGUCGCGGGUAUCGUUAUUGCCAUUCUAGCAUUCUUCCUCUGUUUCCGUAAACGACACGGCAAGAAGCAGGCACCGAGCAAUCAACAGUACGAACUGGCAGGCAAAAACAUAUCCGAAAUCGAAUCUGGAAACAACAUGUCUUCAAGUAUCUUACCACUCAAAGAUCCAGGCCCACAAGAACUCAACGGCGCGUCAUUGGUAGAGCUUGCAUCUCCUGCCAACGACCAUGCACUCGGACAUGCCUACCCACAAGAUCAAAAAACAGUCGUUCAGGUAACGGACGAACCACAAGAGCUGCAUGGCGAGUCAAUGAUAUCAAUAACACCCAAAUGGCAGGAGGUACAAGCGCCACCGCCGACUUACCACCACGACAUGGAUGGAGAAAGUAGCACCAGCCAUGGUAUAAGUACGAUGCUGAGUGACAGCACAAUUACACCCAGCGAUUCGGCCACACAAGUUUUAGUCUCACCGCUCACGCCUCGGAUUCCUCAGUAUAGAUAUUGA